AAUGGCGGGCGCGUGUGGCGCCCGUCACCGUGGCGACGGGGCCGGUCCCGGGGAGGCGGUGAUGGGUUGACAGGUGCGUGACAGUCGGGAGCUUCUCCGCAGGCAUGUACGGCAAAGGCAAGAGCAACAGCAGCGUCCCGUCCGACAGCCAGGCCCGCGAGAAAUUAGCACUGUACGUAUAUGAAUAUCUGCUCCAUGUAGGAGCACAGAAAUCAGCCCAGACAUUUUUAUCAGAGAUAAGAUGGGAAAAAAACAUCACACUGGGGGAGCCCCCAGGAUUCUUGCAUUCCUGGUGGUGUGUGUUCUGGGAUCUCUACUGUGCAGCUCCAGAAAGAAGAGAAACAUGUGAACACUCGAGUGAAGCAAAAGCCUUUCAUGACUACAGUGCUGCAGCAGCUCCCAGCCCAGUGCUAGGAAACAUUCCCCCAGGAGAUGGCAUGCCAGUAGGUCCAGUACCACCGGGGUUUUUUCAGCCUUUCAUGUCACCCCGGUACCCUGGAGGUCCAAGGCCACCUCUCAGAAUACCCAACCAGGCCCUCGGAGGUGUCCCAGGGAGUCAGCCCCUCCUGCCCAGCGGGAUGGACCCCACACGGCAGCAGGGUCAUCCAAACAUGGGUGGGCCAAUGCAGAGGAUGACUCCUCCAAGGGGAAUGGUGCCAUUAGGACCACAGAACUAUGGAGGUGCCAUGAGACCCCCUCUGAACGCUUUAGGUGGCCCGGGGAUGCCUGGGAUGAACAUGGGUCCUGGGGGUGGUAGACCUUGGCCAAACCCAACCAAUGCCAAUUCUAUACCUUAUUCCUCAGCCUCUCCUGGGAACUACGUGGGUCCUCCAGGAGGUGGAGGGCCACCAGGAACACCCAUCAUGCCUAGUCCUGCAGAUUCAACCAACUCUGGAGACAACAUGUACACUUUAAUGAACGCUGUGCCACCUGGACCCAACAGACCUAAUUUUCCACUGGGGCCAGGCUCAGAUGGACCCAUGAGCGGACUGGGUGGAAUGGACUCACAUCAUAUGAAUGGAUCAUUAGGCUCAGGAGACAUGGACAGUAUUUCCAAAAACUCUCCCAGUAAUAUGAGCAUGAGCAACCAGCCUGGCACUCCCAGGGAUGACAGUGAGAUGGGUGGAAACUUCCUAAACCCUUUCCAGAGUGAGAGUUACUCCCCUAGCAUGACAAUGAGUGUGUGAGCUGUUCACAAGUGUCGCCGUGAAGACCACAGUGAGUUGGCCCUCUCCAGAGAGCUACUGCAGAAGAAAACUAUUCGUCCCAGUGUACAGUUUAACUAAAGGAUCUCAGACACAAUCAGACCCACCUGUUUAUUUUUAUUUUUUUUUUUUCCUACCAUCUGCCCCCGUUUUGUCAAGAAAGUGGGUCCCAAACAUGCUUGAGACAACUGCAAGGAGUGGCAUGAGAGAAGUGCCCGAGGUGGAGCUGCCAGCGCCUGUCUGUGUGUGUACAUGUGUGGGUCGGCGUGGGGUGUGUGUGUGUGGCACACCAAACACACACACACACACAGACCCCAGGACUGUAAAAUAGGAUCACAUGACAUCUUACGUAGAAAUCAGAAGUAGGGACUUCUAUUCCAUUUCUAUUUUUUUUUUUUCUCACGUUUACAUUUUAAUUAUUAAAAUUUGCUUUCCCUCUCCCAUCCUGAACUGUUUUAUGUUGCAUAUAUCACUGCUUUAUAAGUUAUUUUUUAAGUUGAACUCAAAAGAUAAAUUCUUUUGAUUUUGUUAGUGUCUGCAAUUAUGGAUAGGAAUAAAAUUGCUUAUACGAGCUUUCAUUACCUUGUGCUUGAUACCAGCUACCCUGUGAAUCACAAAUUGUACUGUCUCAAGAAAUAGAAGAAAGCUCAUCUUAAUUUUUUUGGAGAAAUUUAAUAACUUCCACCUAGUUUGGGGAUUUUUUUUGAUACUUUGCCUUUAAGAGAAAAAAAAAAGCACUGAAGGUUAUUUUUCUUCUUUAAUUGAAGCCUAAUAUCUGCAAUAUCUAUUUUAAAUGGAAGCCUGAAUUUGAUACAAGCUUCUCAGUUUAUAUAGAGUACUAUAAGGUUACUGUAAGUGAGCUCCAAUUGCUAUAGAAUCUAGCAAUAAAGUGUCAGGGCUUCUCCUGCCCUUGGAAUUGAGUUUUCUAUUUAGCAUGGUCUUCUGUAGGGGUGGUAGUUAGUGGAAAUACAGUAGAGUCCUUAUCACCAAAACAUUUUCUAACAAAUCACAAUUAUGUUUCCCAUUUUCAGUGAUUCUUAAACAAAUAUGAGCAAUCUGUGUUCCUAAUUAUAAACAGAAUUUCCCAAGCUCAUUUAGAAAAUCAGGUCACCCUGCUGCUUGGGUGUGUGUUUUCUGCCAUAUCUGCCAGCAUUAAUUCCCACAGAACUUUACAGUCAGCAGCCUUUUUUUUUUUUCUUUUUUCUUUCUUUUUUCUUUUUUCUUUUUUUUUUUUUUUUUGAGCCAAAAUGCCACAGUAAACUUUUUAUGACUACUAGCCUUGUUGUGAGGGUGUUAUCUUUUGCCAUGAACAGAAAAGGAACAAAGGUCUGGGCCCAUUUAUAAGGAGGUAUAAGGAGGUAUGAAAGCUGGGGACAGAAUGCAGAAAAAGGCCUAAAGGAAACGCCUCUGGAACAUUCCCAUUUCUCUUCAGGCAGAGCUCUGAAACCAAGAUUAUGGUACAGUUACUUAGUUCCUGAUGAUUUUGAACUCCUCCCCCAAGAAAACAAAAGUUUUCAGUUUUUAGUGAUAGAAAGGCUGAUGAUCAGCAACGCAGGCACAGUAGCUCAGCAGAUGUUUGUGCCACAAACAGCAAAUUCCUCUCCUUGAACUUAAAUCCAGAAGAGCCACUUGCAGAGGAGGAGCAGUUCUGGGAUAUGGUACGUCCAUAUGCAAGUGGAUUUUCUUUCAUGAACUUGUGAUAAAGGAACAUACAUGAUGGGCUUGUGAUGGUAGCUGAAUGUAACAGGAUGUGUAAGGAAUACUACAAUCUCCUAACUCAUUUUUAUUUCCAUGUAUUAUAUCUGUAUAGUAUAUGGAAAUAAAAGCAUUUAACACUUUCCUGUUAGGGCUGUUCAAAGAUGAAAGUCUCAGAGGAUUAAAAUUAUGUUGAAGUAUCAAAGAUUUUGGUAGCAUUACUUUUUAGUAAGAACUACAUGAUUAGAUGUAAACAUGACCUAGACAGUUAUUAUAUGGUUUUGUAGACUGUAUUCUUAUUGAUUAUGAAGGUCACAUUCAUUUGCUUCUCUUUGGAAAACACUUUGUUGCUGUCUCCAAAGAUGCUGGAAGACCCUGCUAUUGGCUUGAGUCACAAACACAAAAUCAGGUGUAAUUUCCUCAGACCCUUUGCUGUUGUCACUAACACCACUGGUGUGUCCCCAUCACACCCAGAGUGCAGGAGUCCUUGCAGCCUGUGUUUGCCACCUGUGUUAUCUGUGGUAGCCUCCCAGGGACCCAAGAGCUCUGUCUGGCCCAGUUUCAGUCGGGUGAUGUCACUGCUGAUGGACUGAGGUAGAUGGGAACAUCAAGUGCCAAAGCCCAUUCCCAGGUGAGCUGUUGGGCACCUGGGAAGGAUGGAAGUCUGGCCAUUAAACCUGUGUAUGGAAGUGCUGACACAGACUGGGUAUCAUUAUUGAAACAUGUUAUCCUCUCUUUUAUACAGGAGCAUAAUGUCCCUUCAGCACAUAAUUUAGUCACCGUGCCCUGCUUUUCUCAUACCCACGUAGCCCCACAGGCAGCAGCUGAUGUCACUCAUGCUUUGUCCAAGGCUUUACCCAGCCUCAGUCACGCUCCUGGAGAGGCCAGGUUCUGCAGCUGAACCACUAGAAAACAAUCUUAUGUGCUAAUUACUCAACUUAAAAAUUACACCUUUGGAUUAUUUUUUUCUUAAUAUGUAUGGGGCUUUUUGCUUGUUGAUUUGCCUUUCUUUUCCCUACAAAUCCUUUUAGGAUUUCCAUGGUAUCUGGAGUAUCCAUAUGGGAAGAAACUGUUUCCAAGCACUCAGUUUUUGCUGCCACUUACAUUUUUUAUGCUCCAGAUACCAGGAGCAAUGUAACUGCUGUUUGGUUCUGCAGUUACACAACAGCAAUGUUGAUAAUGGCAGAACUUGUCCAGCUCUGGUAGGAAUUCUGUUUUCAGUGGUGCAGGGUAGAUCUUCUCACGCUGGGUUUUUAGUUAGAUCUUGCUCUUUAGUACAGAAAUAAAUGGAAGGUGAAUUCUGUAAAUGGGUCUUUCAGGCAAAGUUGAAGUAAGCCUUUUUAAAAGCAGAAGCGAUUAAAUCUUAGGGCAGCAGAAAUGGAGAGUAAGGGAUCUCUUACGCUGUGGGAACUCUUGCAAAUAUUCCAGCUUUGUAGAAAUCAGCUGAAACUGGAUUCACUUGUGAACUUCACAGUGGAACCAGGGUCUUACCUGCUGCUUAAACCUAUGGAAGGGAGCGUGCAGAUCCAGGAGUAUCUCCACGUCACCCAGAUGUCACUGCCAUGUGUAAGAACAGGGCUUGAGGUGAGGAGGAAGCUGUCUGAAUCGCAGGUAAAGCGUGGGGCCUGGCAUGCAUUAACAAAAUACCUGGAUAUUUGCAUGGAGGGAUUAAAUUCUUAGCUACCUGAGAAUGAGGAAUAACUGCAGUUGCACCUCCUACCCGCCCAAAAUUCAGAUUUUUAUUUGGAAGCCCUCUGUUUGCAGAGCCCUGGCUGUCCAACAUGUCACGUGUUCAGAGGCAGUAACAACUUCCAGGCUUUCAGCUCGUUCCUCAUAAUGUAGGAUUAAUGUUCCAUGUCCUGGGACAUCCAGCUGUUCCUUUCCCUUCCAACAGGAGUGCUCAGUGAGAAAUUUAUCGGCUAAUCAUUUAUUUUAAAUAAUUCCACUUGGGAAGAAGUGAACAGAAGCUUGCUUCUUUAAGGAUGCAUCAAAGGACAGCUUCUUGGACCACCUAAAACCAACUGAAUUUUCCUCUGUUCUGUGGCUAGCAAAUGCAAUACUGCAUGUGCAAAUGAUUUGGAAUCAAAUUUAAUGAGGGACCAGAUGUUACAAUAUUUAGUGUCCAUCACUUAAUUCAAAAUGACUUUUCAGCUGAUACAUAUUGCACAGGUUUCUAUUUCUGUAUCAGUUAAUUAUUGUUUUCCCCUGUUCCUAGUCAGCUCUGAUCCAUUGUUGUUGUUGUUGUCGUGGCUAAGUAUGGACUGGAUUCUUCAGUAUUUGACUCUACACAUUUGCAUUUCAAGAAUGCAAAAUAUACCUUAAUGAUGUAAAAAGUACAGGUAAAUUUAUUUUUCUUUAAUUUAGUAUAAGUGGUGAUGUAACUGUGGGUGCUGUCAUAGACACACUUGGGUUUGCUCAGGCUUACUUAAGGAUGGGAAUCCUAACAGAGCACAUCUUUCAAAUAAAUCCCUAAAACUAUUUCAAUACUGUUAUCUCACACUGAGGAUCCAGUUCAGGAUUUAGUGAUUCAAAACAACUGCAAAAGUUCAGAAAUAAAUUAGUUAGGUUUAAAUUUUGCUGUAUGCAGCUCUCUCUACUUUUCAGAAAUUACUGGCACAGUUCUAUAAAUUGCUGCUCGUGCCCGUUCUGCGGAAACUUUGAUGAAACCACUUCCAUAAGGUCGUUUUUGGGUAGGACUUCACCCUAGUCUGGGUCAAAUACAUAACUUACCUGUGGUGUAACAUUAUUUGGCAGAUGUCAAAACUGAGUACACAGAGCAAAAUACAGAGGGUCUGUUGAAAUUACCAAAACGAUGUUUCAACCUGAAAAAUGAGAAAAGAGAGUUUAAAAUACUGCUUUGAGUGCUCUACAUCCUGGAAACAAAUUACAGUACCAAAUCUAGAAAAAAUAACUGGAUCAUCUACUCAGCACAUGAAAAUUCUGAUCCUGCCAACCUUGAUUUGAAACUCAGCCUGGACAUAGUUAAUUUUAAACAGAUCUAAGAACACAGGUAGUAUCCUUCAGGGAAUUAAAAAAGUAGGACUGAAAUAAUCUAAACCCAUGCUUGAACGUGGACAGUCUAGAGCUCAAAUUAAGUCUUCCCAAAGCAUACAUUAUUUUACAGAUUUUACCAGUGCAGGAGCAUGUUUAUGUAUCGACAGUACUGAGAUGCAGAGCAGAUUUGGCUUUCUUCUGUUUCUUACUUUAUUAGAGCUUUGUUCACUAUUACAUGAACUAUUUCUGUGAAUUUGUUCUUCCAUCUUGUUUUGAGUUGUGCAGCCAUAGUUUUCCUCAACACAGCCCACAGCUUUGCAGUUUUAGUCCAAACUUCUGUUUGGUUGCUGUUCUUCAUUUAAGCUUAAAAUGUGUAAGAAAGCCUCUCAUGUAAUAGGACAACUUGCCAUAAAAAUGUAUAAAGGUUUUCUUGGGUACAUGUUUUCAAAUUUAAUAAAUGCAGUUUUCAGUUAUAAUUUGAAAUGGUCACUUUCUAGCCACUAUUUCAGUUUUGUGUGCAAAAGAAAUGGAGAGAGAGAAAAAAAAAACCACCUUUUUUUUUCUUUAUUUUAAUUCAGCAUUGUAAAUAUUUGCUGAAAGACAUGGUUUUGGGAGAUGACAUCAAAGAGAUAUUUGCUACCUAGUUGCUGUAAAUCAUACAGCUGGACUUCAUGUUGAAAGCUCCUUCCACAUCUCCAAAAGUGUACUGCUUGACAUCUGAUUUGUGUGACGUUGUACAAAGCCUAAUUCACAAAUAGCUGUUUACUUUGCCUGGUCAGUGUUUUCAGUGUGUCUCGUGGAUGGUUCAAGGUUCUGUGGUCUCAGAAGAGUGACCAGGUGGUCGAGCAGGCUUGUUCCCAGGGUCAGGUGGCUCAGGACUGGGCAGUUAUCCACCAGAAACAAGGUGUUCGUUCGCUACCUCGCUGUUCUCUUGAGAACUUGCACAACUCUUCUUGCCGUUAGGUUCUGGGGAUCCUUUCAAGACUUUACAGUGCUGAGACAAGAGGCUGGAUUUUGCUAUGAGAAAAUUCUGGCAGUUUUAGCAUCAGUUUUCAUAGGGAAACAGCACAAAACAUGGGGAUUUUGAAAGGUGGUGUGUUCUUGAUGGCCUGGGAUUAACUGGGAAACAGACUGUACAGUCUAGGAGUUUGGGCUAUUACAGAGAUACUGAAAUCAUCAGUAAUUGCUUUUGGUGGGAAAAAUUAUUGUUGUGGAACAACUGCUCUGAUCCCUGAGGAGUCAGAUUGUCAACUGGAUGAACUGGAUAUUUUAGGCUUUAUUUGUGUUGUUUUAAUCUUCAUGUUUUACCCUCUCUCACUUGGACCUCCCCAUUAAAUGUACUAUGCCAGAUCUUCACACAAAAAUAAGAGCAUUUUGCCCAACAAAUAUGCAGGAAGUUGUUGACACCUGUAACUAGAGCUGUGCUGUAGAGAGUUUUAUUUCAUUAGAAAUUGAGUAUAACAGCAGAUAAGGAAUGGCACUGCAACAUCCUGAGAGCUCUCACUGUUCGAGAUCAGGGAAGUUAGCAUCCUGCAUACUCGCAAGCUAGACGAGAUGGUUCCUAACAGUGAUAGGAAAUAGCUUGGAAGAAAAGCUGAUUCUUGUCAUGCAUAUUGGAGGAAAAUUCCAAAUACAGGAUAUAUUUAAUUGAGGUAGAAAUUUACUAAAGCCCUCUGUAACAGAGGCACGGAGCACAUCCAGUGGUUUAGUGGGAAAGCAAAGUGGUGUUACUAAAUUGUUAUCAAUAAACAUAACAUCCAAAAGCAGGUGUAAGCUAUUUUCAUUUUCAUUUUUCUAGUCUCUUUUAUGUUUUCUGAUUAUGUUUUAGUUUUGAUUUGAUUUGCAUUUGCAUUAAUGGAUAAGGAAGAGAACACAUUUCUUAAAGUAGGGCUGGAAUGAUUCAGGGCUGGAAUUAGAGACAUGGAAGUGUGGUGUGAGUAAAGCUGGAGUUUUCUGUUAAAAAUCAAGUGAAUUUUUAUAUUACUAUUUUUCCAGGACAAAAAGCACCCAUACAAUAAACUUGGGCUCUGUCAUGGCUGUUUGAGAAGUGUGAAUCGAAUUGCUGUGUGUGCUUGGACACCAGUUUUGAGGGAUUUUUUUAUUUUAUUUUUUAAGUAUCCCCUUGGAGUGCAUCUAUUUUGUGCAUGUUUGGCUGAAACCACAAAAACAAACCAUUUUUUUUUUUUUUUUUAAUGCAUUGCUGUACUUGCAUCUGGUUCUGGUGGGAAGAGAAAGAAGAUUUGUUAGCUGGUGGGUUAGCAUAUUUAUGUGAAUUAAUUACAGCAUUGGUAAACUACUGUCAACUCUGUUCACAUUGCACAAGAUACUCUGUGUUGUCUGCUGCUGGUGUUAUAACUUUGGUGAUCCAUGCAUAUCCUGUAAAUUCCUGUAGGUUUUGUGUAAGCAAUCUUGCCACCACUGCUUGCUACUGUAAAUUCUUGUUUUGAAGCAAGAGGUGGCAUUUGACUGUACAGUCAUGUGUGUUAUACUGCAACAGUCCAUGUUCUGUCCUCUGAACUCGCUGUCCACAUAGAGUUGGAGCUCUGUUAAGCACGCUUAGUGGUUUCAGAAUUUAUUUCAAACAGCAGAUCUAUAAGCCAUUUACAGGAAUAUUAAAUGUAAUGUAAGAGAAUUCAACCCAGUUCAUACCCUUUUCUGAGAGCUUGGGGUUGGAUUUGAGCAGGCAGCUGCAGGUUUUGUGGCAUCCCAGGUGCUUGUGCCUGCACACCUGAGGGGUGUCACACCUGUGCAGUGUCCCCUGGCAGAGGGGUGCCCCAGGCACAGCAGCUGGGCAGGCUGCUGCCUUACCCAGGUGUGUGAGCUGGUGUCUUUUUUACUCCCCACAAACUGCAGCAGUGCCAAGACAGAAGCCCGUCUCUAAGGGAGGCACGGCACUGCCUCUGCAUUGUGUCCUCAUCCCCACACACCGCAGGCUUUACCUGAGGUGGUGUUUUAAGGAGAUUUGAACUCUCUGUCUGGUUACCUAGAGAGAAAAAUAACCUGAAUUCUGGGACUCUGCAUUCUUUUUUACAGUAUUUUAUGAUAUACAAGACCUGAAAAUGUCUGUGCGUUCUUUGCUGGUUUCUGACGUCAGAAUUUCAAGUCCUGUCUAGUCUGAAAGGCAGUGAUGGGAAAAUGAAGAAACUUGGAAAGUUGAAGGGGAUUCUUAUUUGGAUUAUUUUAAAUUCUGUGUUUCUAUUGAUAAUUUAAUAAAAUGAGUAGGCUAAUCUUUAGAAUCAAGGCAGUCUUAAUGACUUUGCACCUUUGCCCUUUCAUGUAAGACUUUGAGAACUUGCAAUAAGUGUUCCUCAUGCUUACAGUCCAACUUGUAGAUAAAUUCCCUGUGUUUCUAAGAUGAAAAAAUAUUUCUACAGUUACUUCAGCCCUUUACAGGGAACAACAGGGCAAUCCCAGUCCCAUAAUCCCAAGUAUUUGUAGGUGUAUUUUAGACAAAGAAUGACGAAACAUCGUAAAUGAAACUAAUGUUUAAUGUUCCAGUCUCUGGAAGUAAAGGAAACCUCAGUAAUUUUGCAAACCAGCAAGAAUGAAACUUGUCUAUAUAAAUACUAAUGUAGAAAGUGCAUGCAAAACUUGAUACUGCCUCUGACCUUAAUUGUUACUAUUGAUACUAUUGGGGAUCUCACAAAUGUGUGUUUCAGAACGCUGUAUUUCUCCUCAGUGUGUGCUUCAUCCUCAUUACCGACAGCUCCUGCAGAGAGCCGGCCCAUGCCAUAGCCAAGGCGUGGGGAUGCAGAACUCCCACAGCACCAUGGAUACGUGGACAUGUGUGCGUGUUGUGUUAGGAUGAGUAACCACUGCGGCUGCAAAGCCCUCCAGACCUUGUGUGUAACUCUCCAGGGCAGCCUCUGGGAUGUCUGGGAGGGCUGCAGCCCCGGAGCUGCCUCACUCUCAUCCCAGGUGGCUCUGGGUCUUGCUUUGGGGGAUCGUCAUGAACUCCAGCCUCACUGUUUGAAGUGUGAUGAGCUCCUUGCCAGCCUGUGAGCUGCCAAGGCACGGAUGGUGUGGGUCACUGACCCAGCCCUGGGAGCCUCAGACACGGCUGACAGACUGCACUGUCGUGGUGAUACUGUGCCGCCACAUCAGACUUGUUUCCGCUCCAUGCUGCGGCCUCAUUCAUCCUGCCCUAAUUUCAGCUGGCUGAAAAUUACCAGCCUGGGUCUCGUGUGUGAAUCAGAGGAGGGACACGAGUGGAGUUGCCUCUGGAAGAUUGCAUUAUGGCAUUAUUUGCCCUCACCAGUGAUGAGCGGCUGGAAUUAGGUGGGAUGAAUCCAAGUGUGCACAAUUGGCUUCUCACACCUCUGUGCAGAAGUGUAUUUAUUUGAGCUUGGAAUGGGCGAAAAUAAUGCAGCUCCUUUGAACCUGAAUCCAGGUGACUUACAGAUGACUUUCUGAACUCAAUCUCAACCAUGAGAUUUAUGCCCUGUAAUGCUAUUUUCUUUAUUUUUGCUUCAGUUUUAAUGAGCAGCUGUAGCUUGAACUUGCAACUUGUUGGAACAUUUCUGGAGGGAUUGCCCCUGCAUAGGAAUCCUCACCUUUAUUAGUUUCGUGGGCUUCCUUGUUACUUGCACUGAUUUUCAUUGGAAGCAACACAGGGAGAAACCAUUGCAUAGAUCAGUCAACACCAGCAAUAGCACAUGCAGCUUUUAAAUCCAGCUGUGAGCCUGUAACUCAAAUAAAUUAAUUAAGGUAUUAAUGUUCAUACUGCCCAGGUGUGGCUAAAGAUUCCUUUCCUGAGAGCUUUAAGGAAUAAAUCUAGGAGGUCCUGGUUGAGGAUUGUGAGAAUACAUGUAGUAAUGGCAGUUUAUGAUAGUUUUUUUUUGGGAGAAACUUGUGAUAAACAUGUUGGGAUUUGAUGUGCUGGUUUGGAGAUGAGGGACUAUCUCAUGCCAGAUAGAUCAGAUUUGCAGGCAGCGUUCCUGUGGGUUAGCAGAGCCUGCUUCCAGCGGCUUCCUCCUCUAGUUCCCCUUGAUGCCUUCCUCCAUUCCCUGCUGGUACGAAAUCCUGACAGCAGUUGUGCCGGUUGUUGUGGUGAGCUGAGGAGCAGCUCAAGGUUGAAACUCGGAUGUUGUAGCUGCACCUUUCACCUUCAUCAAGCGUCCACGUUCUCAGAGCUGGGCUGGGACAGCAGUGGCCUCCACAGUUGCCCUGUAAUUUCAUCACACAGAAGUGGGUGCCACUUUCCAGGAGUUUAACAGGAGCAGUAUUGAUCCAUUCACUUUAUUUCCUAAGUUGUGAGUCAUUCAUUGUUGGAAAUUAUACAGAUCUUGUGUAGCUAUGAAUAGAAAAAUAGAGAUUUGUUUCUUAUGAUGAGCUGGUACAAUUCCUGCUCUGCUGUUCAAUAUUUUUGAGUGCUGAAGUUAACCAAAAUGCUACCUUCAUGGAUUAUCUCAGCCUCAGCUCUGCAUGAAGAUGGGUAUGCAUUUUCCAGUUGCUGUUCCUGGUUUCUCUGUGAAUUCUGAGCCAAAGGUAAAGCAGUGGGAAAGAUUGUUGUGGCAGCCACUCACUGAUGGCUUUUCAGAUGCAUAAAGCCAUGCUGUCUGUCAUCUGACAGAGUUCCAGUUUUCUCACUGGGUCACCAUGUUGUUGUCAGCCAGUGGAGGAAAGGUGGAUGAGCUCACCACCCAGAAAGAGAAGAAAUGUAGCAAGUAAUGAGCUCUGUUCUCCAGCAUCCCUUUGUUUGUAGAGCUUCACUUUCAAUUAACAUUUGUACCUUCAGUUAUUAUUGUACCAUUCACUAUCUUGAGGUGGUAUGAGCAGAAAUUUAUGAAUAUAUAUAAUUUACCAGAAAUAUAGGCUUGUAUUGUGCCUUUGUAAUUCUCUUCAGCUUCAGUAUAUAUACGCUACGAGCAGACGAACUUCCUCCCUCUUUUGGGGUGUUCUUUACUACAACAGUAGCUGAUGGCUUCAUUAAUAUUGGCUCUUUUAGUCUUCUGGGGCUAACAUUUCUGUUUUUCUGAGUGAAAACGCCAUAGUGCCCUCGGCAGACAUAAGCACAAUGACAUAACGCUGCAGUGCAUGCUGUCUCUUAGCUUCUCUCUACACGUGUUUGCAUGUUGGAAAAUCUGAAGAGCUGCUGUGUAAAUUGCUACGUUACUUACCCAAUACAGGUGGUUUUCCGCAUCCCUUCUUUGCUCAAAACUCCCAUUAACUUAGAUGUUAGCCGUGGCUCAAGCCGGGGGGUUUUGGAAGCAAGAAGGAUGCAGGGAGCAACUCUUCAGUAGUUUACAGGCUGCUAUAAAUGUCCUUUCAGCAACGAAAUGUAGCAUUUUAGCAGUAACUUCCUAGUGAAAACACUGAGCGUGCUUAUCACUUAAGAUUUUAAGAAAAAAAGUGUCAGACUGUGUAAUUGUAUCAUAUAAUUUUGACACUUAACCAGUUUUAUCUACGUGUUCAUGCUAUACCAACCAACACAGACCUGAAAGGUGACAGCCAUGUUUUUGUUACACAAGAAGUCACAGUUUUCCAGAGGUCCUGUUUUGAUUUUUUGUUUCUUUACCACAUUUUCACUGCAGAGGUAUUUUUCUAUAUAGUUAUCUGAGGCUUCCUUUCACCAACCAAAAGUCUGUAGCCCUCUGCACUGUGAAAGGCAAAGCCCUGUGGAGAGACACGGGCUUCGCACUUGCCCAGCAAAUUAGCAGAAAUUUCACCCAAGCCAUAAAAGCCUCUUAUGUUAAUCUCUGUUUAUGUAAUUAAAGCAAUUAGGGAUAGGAGCUUCAGGAAUAAUGAGGUCUCUCUAUCCUCCAUUUACUCUCUCUGUGCUUCAUAGGGAUUUAAGGGUUCUUUUUUCAAGGCUCAGCUGUGUCUCUUCAAACCAGUGCAGUCUAAGCAUCGUGUGAGAUGCAGUUUAUGGAGAUAGCAUUGGAGCGUGAAAGAUUUACUUCUGGUAGCAAGGAAAAACACAUGUCCCUGUGGACAUGGACACUUGCAAACAAGUCUGAUACCGAGAAUUAAAAACAAAUGCGUUCAAGAUGGUACCAGUACAUCAGACUCUGUUCUACAGUGGGGUUUUUAGCUUUUGUCAUUUGUAUUUUAUUUUGUGAAAAAAAGGAGUUGGGGGGAUCUCAGAUCACAUGGGGAAUAUUAGAAGUAUAUCACUCAACAAUCAUUUUAUAAAGUCUAACUUCAAAAUGCACUAUGAUUUAUUACAAAAGUAUAUUUUCUUCUGUUUGCCGACAUGGUGGUUCCAUUUUGUGAUAAGUUAAACUCAGCAGUUAAUUUGUUGCACUGCCUGGCUGCAUGAAUUCAUCCAGUGUACAUACGUACCUGUGCAGCAUUACUUUUGGGGUUUGUAUUUGAAUUUGCAGUAUUGAUUGAUUAUUAUUUUUGUAUUUUACUUUGCCUCUGUUAUUGGAAUUGUAGUAAACAUAAUUUAUACAUAUGAUUUUACAACUGUUUUGCAACUGAAAAGUCUCCUUUAAAUUGUAAAGUUUUAUUGAUGGAUACUCAUUAAAAUGGUAUAAGAAUUAUAUUAACAAUUGUUUUGUGUUUUGAUGCUCUCUGUACAUAAAUAUAUGUCUAUUUAUCUGUUUAAUGGUGCUUGUGUCUUGCAAUUUUGGAUACAUUUUAGAAUAAAGUUUCAUUUUACAA